CGUGGUUUGACACAUGCACACAAAAUGCCGCUGUUACUAGGGUAAACUGUACGCUUGCGAUCAGUUCGCAUACUGACCCUUGAUGAAAUAUCUCUCGAGUGUUGCAUUCUAAGGCUAUAUUUUGCUGUCCUGAUUGUUCAUAAAUGCAGCUUUCUGGGAUAGUUGGUUUUCUGUGGAGCUGCCAGAAAGCAGUAUCCCCAAGGAAGAACCAUUUUUCUCUUACGCUGUUUCCUGGGAUGUAGGUUGUCCUACAUCACAUUUAUGUACACAAACCGAUUACUGACAAUUGUUCCCUCUCUUCUCGUAAUCCAGCACACAAUGUUCAGUGCCCUUUUGGUACGUAUUCCAAAGCUGUUCACCGGCAUCGGAUUGGGUAUCUUCAUAGUUUCCCUGUUGUACAUCCACCUGAGAAGUAAACUUCCAGCGGUUCUGGAAUAUUCCUUCGUCUAUGGGAAAUGGGAACCCCGUUCAGUUCCUGGGUUGGAAGUCCUUCGUGUUCCUAAAAGUUGGUUCACAUCCUUCUACAUCUCUGGGACAUUGGCCGUAUCCUUCUUCCUUGUCAUGGAGAUUAUGAAUCCUGUGCCUCAUCCAACGGUGCUUUGUGCUUUGACCUUGCUUCUAACACACUUGGUACGCCGUUUGUAUGAAUCUAAAUGCAUAUCGGUCUACGGGCGCAGCCGUAUGUCAUUUACCCAUCUUAUUUUGGGUAUUUCAUUCUAUUUGGUCGUACCAGCAGCUAUCUAUGCUUCACGUACAUCCGCAUCUUUAGCUCAACCCGUUGCGGAUCAGUAUUUCGAACCACGCGGAAGAAUGUUCAAGCAUAUCGUCUGCCCUCAUUUCCUAUUCGAAAUGGCCAUGUAUUUAUCUUUGCACCUUCUAUUGUGCACUUCCUGGAUACCUUUCUCGCAUAUGGUCAUUUUCGUUUUAGUCAAUCAGUCGUGCAGUGCGUGGUUGAGCUAUCAUUGGUACCUCGAACGCUUUCCCAAAUGGACUUCCAACCGGUAUGUCCUUAUUCCAUAUAUCUGGUGACACCUUUCCUCGCACUUCCCGUACCCAGUGUUCCCGAUUUUUUCUCCGGACCGUUGUUUAGCCGUUCCUAAACGGGCUUUUUCGUUGCUACUUUGUUAGGAUGAUGUUUCUUGUUUGUGGCGAACUGCUAUGUACACUUUUUGUAUCCAAUCAUGUUUGCAUUAAUCCUUCCUUACGCUUUCCUUGUGUUUUUCCCGGAGGUUUGUCACCUCAUACGUGUCACCCGUACAUGAUUUCGAAUAGCUUUGAUUUCCCCUUCCUUCACUGCAAUUUCUCCAGAAAAAAUCACUGUGGGAAACUGACAGAAUUUCGACGUACGUACCGGUGAUAAUUUCUGCCCAGCUUGAUGCUCAUUAAGUGUGCAAUUUCACGACUGGAAUACGAUAAAACCCAACCGCGCACUGUACAUCUGUUUCAUCCUUGUUAGAAAUCAUCAGCACUGUGCAUCUCACAAAUGUCGGUGUCGAACCCGCAACCGUCUCUCCAGUGAUUGGACAUCUAACCAUUUGGCCACUGGCGGUUGAUCAACAAUAUGAUUAACUCUUACUUAGACAGGACAUAGGGCCAUUCAUCCUUUAAUUACGGAAACCACUUCACGUGACCACUUAUUGACUCCUCGAUUAACGACUUCUCAGAAGAAACUUG